AUGGAAUCAGAAUCAUCAAAUGGUUACACUACAAAUUUCAUUCGUGUAAUUGUCGUUCUAUUCAGCUUUAUAGGAGCGUUCGCAGUUGGAGUGUUUGUUGCAAAUCCUCAUUAUAGUACUCAUAUUUAUCGAACUUUAUGUCGAACUCCUACUAUAUCGUCUGUUCUAUCUCCAAGCAAUGCACGCCGAAUUAAUACAAACAAUUCGACACAACAAUCGAUUUUGAAUUUAAGUCGAAUUAACACAACUAGUUCGGUACAACAAUCGUUCUUGAAUGUAAGUCUUACAUACAAGACCGAUAAAGUUACGACACAUCAUUAUGAUAUAUUAUAUGAGAAAUAUUUAAGCAAAUAUGUAGGAUCCAAUGUUAUUCUACUUGAAAUUGGAUUAGGAUGUGGAAUGCCAUAUGGACCAGGUGCAUCAGCAUAUGUAUGGCGUUAUUAUCUAGGACCAUUAGCAAAUAUUUAUUUUCUUGAAUUUGAUCGUCGAUGUGGUGAAGAAUGGUAUAAAUCUCAUGGACAUAAGGUGAAUGUUACCAUGUUUUAUGGCAGUCAAGAUGAUAUAACAGUUUUAAACAAUGUGAAAUCAGCACAAGGUUAUUUUGAUGUAAUUGUUGAUGAUGGUGGUCAUUCAAUGAAUCAACAAAUUACAUCAUUUGUUCAAUUACUACCAAAAGUAAAAUCCGGAGGAAUUUAUGUUAUAGAAGAUUUAUUAACUAGUUAUAUCUCGACGUAUGGUGGUGGUUAUCUUCGUAAUUCAACAACUAUUGAAUUUAUAAAGAAAAUUAUCGAAAAUAUUCAAACUGCUUCACCAGAAAAGUCUAUACAAGUGGCUAAAAGAAUACGUUCUCUUGAAAUCGGAGAUGAAAUCUGUUUUUUCACUGUUAAAUAA